UGUUGUUUUGGCCCGGUCUGAGGAAGACAAAUGUCCGAGCUCUCGGUGGUGAUUGUGUGCAGCAUUAAAUCCGUGCUGAGACGCUGCUGUUAGACAACAAUAACACUGAGACAGAGAGAGAGAGAGAGAAAGAGAGAGAGAGAGAGAGUGCGCGCGAGCGAGCUGCUGCCGGUCAUGGCGGAGGACAGCGAGUGGGUCACCGAGAGCAUCGCCGCUUAUCUGGGCAGCACAGAGUGGCUCAUUCCGCUCACUGAUUUUAUAGAAAACAAAUGUUCAGUGUUUGACGAUGAGGAGGAAAAUAAGUUAUCGUAUACUGAAAUCCAUCAGCAAUACAAACAGAUGGUAGAAAAGCUGUUAGAAAACUACAUGCAGGAAGUCGGCAUUAGCGAGCAGCAGUUUCUGGACGCCUGCUCGUCUCCGUUCGCCAAGUCGAAAACCUUGCAGGCUCUGUUCCAGCCGGUGUUGGCCACAAAUGACUUUCAGAUGUUUCGCUCGCUGAUGGUGCAGAAGAAUGUGGAGCUGCAGCUUCAGGCCCUGCGCGUCAUUAAGGAGAGGAACGGAGCCCUGCCUGAAUGUCUGACCGCUGGUACAGAUGUGAUGAGUGAACUGGAGCAGCAGGAGAUGCAGAUCCUCCAGGAGGUCCUCAAGCGCUCGAAAGAGGAGUACGAGGAGGAGAUCGCUCGCAGACAACACUACUCUCAGGAGGUGGGUUCAACGUCCACCGACCUCCAUGAGGAACCAGUGAGGAACGGCACUGACCCUCAGGCCGCCGCCCACACACCCACUCAGCCAAUCAACAUGCACAGCAAGAAAGAAGACAAGGAGAAAUCUGAGCGGAGUUUAACUACUAGAUCUCCUAAAGCCUCUGAAGAUUGUAGCAGAGAGACAAAAACACUACCAGCAGUCCGGGUACCGGUUAAAGCUCCUGCACCACAGCUCAUGUCCCGGGAGAAAAGUGGCCAGCAGGCAGCAGAGAGCUGGUUAGAGGAGGCGCGGAAGGAAGCAGGAAUCUCCAAACCUUUCCAAGAGCUGACGGUGGCGCAGCAGGAGCAGCUGCAGCAGAGAGCUGAGUAUCUGAGGCAGCAGAGAGACAAACUGCAGGCGCUGAAGAAAGAGCAGAAAGGCAAAUCCAUCAGCGUAGAUGAAACCCCGUCCCCCACGCCCACACCCACUCCUCACACACAGGCGAGCAUCUUGAAAAGGCUCACUGUCUCAGCUAGCGCCAACGGACCUCAGCCUCAGGGCACCGCUGCUGCAGCUCAGAAGGAAAUCUCAGUUGAGGAGAAAAAGAAGCUGCAGAAGAGAAAACAUCUGGCAGAGAAACUGAAAGAAGAAGUCAUCAAAAAAUAACAUGGAUUACAAUUAAUCUCUCUCUCUCUCUCUGUUUCUCUCUCUCUCUCUCUCUCUCUGUCUCUCUCUCUGUCUCUCUCUCUGUCUCUCUCUUUGUCUCUCUGUCUCUCUCUCUCUCUGUCUGUCUCUCUCUCUCUCUCUGUCUCUCUCUCUCUGUUUCUCUCUCUCUGUCCCUCUCUCUGUCCCUCUCUCUGUUGCUCUCUCUCUCCGUCUCUCUCUCUCUCUCUCUCUCACACACACACACUCACUCACUCUCUCACUCUCUCUCUCACACACACAUACACUCACACACACACACACUCUCUCACUCACUCUCUCUCUCUCUCUCUCUCUCUCUCUCUCUCUCUCUCUCUUUCACUCGAUCAUCAUCACGACUGAAACGAUUCCACAGAAUAAAUAGAAAAGUGGGACGUGUUCAGACUCCAGAUUAGUGUUCAGUGAUGUAACAGUAAAGGCAAUACAGUACAAUACGAUGCGAUACGAUGUAAACGAUUAUAUCAAGAUAUAAUUAUGUCUUCUUUAAUAAACACAGUUUUCUACA